AUGAUAAACGGGGCAACAAGAGGCGCCUCCGGCUGGGGAAACGCCCGGGAACCCAACCUCAAACCACUCCUCUUCAACCACAAGGCGCCCAACAAACACCACCUCUUCAAAGAACUCAACCCAACCACCAUCCCCAGAAUGUACCACUCCACCGCCGUCGUCCUCCCCGACAACCGCGUCCUCGUCGCCGGCAGCAACACCAACAACGGCUACAUCUACCACAACACCACGUUCCCCACCGAGCUCCGCGUCGAGAAGUUCUCCCCUCCUUACUUCUCCCCUUCCCGGGCCCACAAGAAGCCCAAGAUCGUCAACGGCGGCUGCCCCAAAACGGUGUCGUACGGCCAGGACCUCACCGUCAAAGUCAACCUGAACGAAAAGAGGAUCUUCCUGACCAACUUCAUGGUCACCAUGUACGUGCCGGCGUUUACCACUCACGGCGUGGCCAUGAACCAGAGGCUGGUGAAGUUGUUGUUGAAGGGCGCCGUGAAAGUCGGGGAAGGGAGGUAUGACGUGUCGUGCGUGGCGCCGCCGAACAGUGCGGUGGCGCCGGAGGGUUACUUCAUGCUUAGCGUCGUCCACCGUCGGAUCCCCAGUGAAGCCGUUUGGGUGCAGCUCAAGUGA